GCUGCUUUUCCCACGUCAUGCGUUUUAUUGAUGCACUGUCAGAUCGUUUUCCAUCAGGAUAGAUGCCUCGAGUGCGCCUUCGAAGUGCAGAGACCCUUACCGGGGUUCCUCUACAUGCUCGACUGGUGCGUCUAAUUACAGGUGGGGAAGCAUGGACCGUCCAUCAUCUGCAAGUCUUCGUGCUGACGUUCUUCAGCUUCGCCUUCAUUCAUGACACUCGAAAGACAUUGUCCACCGUGAAACCAUCCUUGAUAGCUACAUGGACUCAAGGAACAGAAACACGUCCUCCGCUAUUUCCUUCCGAUCAAGCGGCCUCUGAGUUUCUCGCAAAGCUUGAUGGCGGAUUCCUUUUGGCUUAUUCCAUAGGUCUCUUUGGAGGUGGUGUGCUUGGUGAUCGCUACGAACCACGUAUCGUUCUAUGCAUAGGGAUGUGGCUGUCGGCAAUAGUGGCUUUUUUCUUUGGUUACGUCACAGAAUACUUCCAUCUAUAUUCUCAACUAAUAUAUGCUUGUCUUUGGAUUUCUGGGGGUCUGUUCCAGUCUGUCGCAUGGCCUACCGAGAUAUGUAUUGUCGGCAACUGGUUUGGACACAAUUCUCGAGGGGCUGUGAUGGGCUUGUGGUCUGCCUGUGCAAGCGUGGGCAAUAUUAUUGGCACGAUGAUUUCUUCAAGAUUAGUACUGAUGGGUUAUCAGUACGCUUUUGCUGUAAACUCACUGUUGCUGUUCGUGUUUGGUUUUAUCGUGUUUUCCAACCUCAAGUCAGCUCCAAGAGACAUUGGUCUUCCUGAUCCUGUCGAGUCGCCAGAUGAACUGAAUCGAGUCAUAGAAGAGCCGACUCAACGGCCUGUGCCUAUCAGUUUUUGGAGGGCAUGGGCUUUGCCUGGCGUUCUUUCGGUUGGUUCUCUCUAG